AUGGUGGCCCGCAUCAGCCACCCAUAUCUCACCGUUCCCGUGCAACUCCGGCGUUCGUCCGCCACCUCCUCCUCGCCCCCGCCCGCUCCGUCUUCCCUUCGAAGGGUGACGAAGCCGGCGAAGCUCUCCUUCAAGACGGCGGCCGCCGGAUCCGCUGCUUCGGCGGACGGCGGCGGCGGCGGGGGCGGCCAGGGGCCGGCGAUGGACUUCCCCUACCUGUCGCCGGCGCACCGGGAUCUGAUGCUGGAUCUGCUCUCCGACACGGAGAGCCGACUCGGCCCUCACCUCCUCCCCUCUUCCGUCCCUCCAGACGUCCUCUCCUUCCAGAGCGACUCCGGCAACUGCAAGGGCUCCCUCGACAUCCGCCACGGCGCCGACGGAUCCAAGGUGCCGCACGAAACCCUAGUCCCCACACUUUUCUUCCCCUUUCCCCUUUCCCCUUUCCCCUUCCCCCUUCCCCCUUCGCUUCAGAGAUGCUCUUCCUUCCUCACUGGUGAUGGUAUAUUUUACUUCCUCUCCGCAGGUGGAUUUGAUCCUGCAGUCGUGGCUGCACUGCGAGCUGCCCUUCGGGGUGCUGGACAUCACCACACUCUUCGCCUACCUGCGGCCGGAGUCGGACGCUCCGCACCUCCUCGUGGAGUUCAUCCAGAACGGCCCCGAUUCCCUCGUCCUCUUCAUCGACCUGCUCCCCCGCAGGGACCUCGUCCUCCACGCUGACUACCUCGAUCACUUCUACCAGCAGUCCUCGCUGGAGAAGACCAGGCAGGGCCUCGAGAGCGCCGCCGAGGUGGCGCCCUACCGCUCCUCCUCCCUCUACAUCCGCAGCGUGCUAUCCCCAACGGCCAUCGCCGUCGGCAUCAACUGCGGGGCGGAGGGCGCCCGCCCCCUAGAGGAGCUGAUGCGGGAACUGGUCGCCGGCGCCGCCAAGGAGGUGAUCGGAGUGUGGUUAGAUCGGUGCGCUCUCGCCGAGAGGGAGGUGACGGAGGGGGACAGGACCGGCCUGGUGGCGAGGGACGAUCUGAUCAAGAGGAAGACCGUGGAGAUCGAUCUCUCCGCCAAUCUCCCCCGAUUGUUCGGCCAGCAGGUCGCCAGUCGAGUCGUCGGCGCGAUACAGAAGGCCUUCGGGAUCUGA